CCGCUACUUGAAACGAACUGGAUUUCCUGUUUGUGCGCUGUGUUCGCUUCAGAAUUAUAAUUUGCAGUAGGAUGUCGGCCAUUUCUACUUCGUAUACAGCGUGGUGUGGUCGUUAUUCUUACGCAGUCGAGUAAGGUAACGACUAUACAAAAUGGUUAACGGACGGAUACCCUCAGUUUUUUCAAAAACUUAUGUUACUCCAAGGAGACCUUAUGAGAAGGCUCGUUUAGAUCAAGAAUUACGAAUUAUUGGUGAAUAUGGUCUUCGUAACAAGCGUGAAGUAUGGAGAGUUAAAUACACACUAGCAAAUAUUCGAAAAGCUGCUCGCGAGCUUCUUACUUUGGAAGAAAAGGAUCCUAAACGUUUGUUCGAAGGAAAUGCUCUUUUGCGUCGCUUGGUAAGAAUUGGAGUACUAGAUGAAAGCCGUAUGAAACUUGAUUAUGUUCUUGGCUUGAAAAUCGAAGAUUUCUUAGAAAGACGACUUCAAACUCAAGUAUUCAAAUUGGGACUUGCUAAAUCUAUUCAUCAUGCCCGUGUGCUUAUUCGUCAACGUCAUAUUAGAGUGCGCAAACAAGUGGUGAACAUUCCAUCUUUCAUUGUGAGAUUGGAUUCACAGAAGCACAUUGACUUCUCACUAAAAUCUCCAUUUGGUGGUGGUAGACCUGGUCGUGUCAAGAGGAAGAACUUGCGUAAGGGAAGCGGAGGAGCUGCUCCAGAAGAAGAAGAAGAUUAAAUCAUUUGUUUUGUAAUACUUUUAUUUAAUAAAAGUAUUCCUUAAAUGUUCAAUAA